AUGUACGGCAUGAUGAUGGAGACCGACCUGCACUCGCCCGGCGGCGCCGCGGCCCCCGCGAGCCUCUCGGGCCCGGCCGGCGCGGGCGGCGGGGGCGCCAAGGCCAGCCAGGACCGCGUCAAGCGGCCCAUGAACGCCUUCAUGGUGUGGUCCCGCGGGCAGCGGCGCAAGAUGGCCCAGGAGAACCCCAAGAUGCACAACUCGGAGAUCAGCAAGCGCCUGGGCGCCGAGUGGAAGGUCAUGUCCGAGGCCGAGAAGCGGCCGUUCAUCGACGAGGCCAAGCGGCUGCGCGCGCUGCACAUGAAGGAGCACCCGGACUACAAGUACCGGCCGCGCCGCAAGACCAAGACGCUGCUCAAGAAGGACAAGUACUCGCUGGCCGGCGGGCUGCUGGCGGCGGGCGCGGGCGGCGGCGGCGCGGCCGUGGCCAUGGGCGUGGGCGUGGGCGUGGGCGCGGCGGCCGUGGGCCAGCGCCUGGAGAGCCCGGGCGGCGCGGCGGGCGGCGGCUACGCGCACGUCAACGGCUGGGCCAACGGCGCCUACCCCGGCUCGGUGGCGGCGGCCGCCGCGGCCGCGGCCAUGAUGCAGGAGGCGCAGCUGGCCUACGGGCAGCACCCGGGCGCGGGCGGCGCGCACCCGCACGCGCACCCGGCGCACCCGCACCCGCACCACCCGCACGCGCACCCGCACAACCCGCAGCCCAUGCCCCGCUACGACAUGGGCGCGCUGCAGUACAGCCCCCUCUCCAACUCGCAGGGCUACAUGGGCGCGUCGCCCUCGGGCUACGGCGGCCUCCCCUACGGCGCCGCGGCGGCUGCGGCCGCGGCCGCGGGCGGCGCGCACCAGAACUCGGCCGUGGCGGCGGCCGCGGCGGCCGCGGCCGCGUCGUCGGGCGCCCUGGGCGCGCUCGGCUCGCUGGUCAAGUCGGAGCCGAGCGGCAGCCCGCCGGCCCCCGCGCACUCGCGCGCGCCGUGCCCCGGGGACCUGCGCGAGAUGAUCAGCAUGUACUUGCCGGCCGGCGAGGGCGCGGACCCGGCCGCGGCGCAGAGCCGCCUGCACUCGCUGCCGCAGCACUACCAGGGCGCGGGCGCCGGCGUCAACGGCACGGUGCCCCUCACGCACAUCUAG